CUUUGUUGGGACAGGUACGAGUGCGGAAGGAGCUCCCCGUUUCUGAUAGCCUGCCGUCACUGUGCCAUGGCCCAGUGUGUCUUCUACCGAUGUCUCUGGUCGGUGUCGUUGGCGUGCGCAUCGUGAUAUCCGCUGCACUGGAAUAUUUGUGAAUCUCUGCGCUGUUUGUUUGCGACAGUUUGUACAUUGCUGGAGAAUGUGUGUGUUACCUGCAUGGUUGUUCACCAGCGCUGGAUAGCAGUGUCACUAUUGGAUUUUACCAUCCCAAGUCUUGUAGAUAGAACAAAUUCCACGCUGGCCCUGCUAUAUCAUGGAGACCUUUGGUCCGAGGACGCCAAGAACAAAAUGGAGGCUGUCAGCAUUUCGACUCAACCCCAUCACAUGUCUUACUUUACUUCUGUCCUUCAUCGCCGUUGUAGACGUCUCGCAUGCUCAAGAUAGCCUGUGCUACCUGACACAUGGGGGAUCGUCAGAAACAUUCACAGUCAAUGAGGCACUUCCAGUCGAAAGCAUAAUUGGGCGACUACAAGUGGACGGCAAUGCGUCUGAGGACGGGGACAUCGAGCUCCGAAUGGCGCAGGCCGAUGCACCGAUUAGUAUCCUGCCUUCAUCCAAGAGCCUCGUGCUGAAAAGGAAACUAGACAAAGAAGGCAUAGUCGGACUACGGAGUGUCUCUACGGAUGUCAUCUGCUCCGUCAAGAGCGGAGAUAGCCUGAGUAUACAAAUCCCAGUACGUAUAAUCGUGACGGAUGCCAACGACAACGCACCUGAAUUCCAGGGGACGCCGUACUUCCUCAAUAUAAGUGAGAUCACGGUACCAGGCAGUACUGUCAUGCAAGGAAUUCGUGCUGUGGAUAAAGACCAACCCGGACUCUAUAGUACCGUUGAGUACUACGUCGAGGAUGGGCCACACUCUCACCUGUUCGCAUUCGAAAGCCGACUGGAAGGAUCUCUAGUUCUUCAGGACAGGCUGGACUAUGAGACGUUACCGAAAUUCACGGUCACACUUCGAGCACAGGAUCAAGGAAACCCACCGCAGAGUACCUACACUACUCUGACUGUGGUGGUGCACGACGCUGAUGACCAGAACCCGAGGUUUCUUUCUGAGAGGUACUACGCGCAACUAAGCGGCACACCACGUUUGGGGGUCCCACUAGAUGUGAAGCCCAGCAGAAUCAUGGCAGAAGAUCCUGAUGAAGGCAUCAGAUCUCCUAUCACAUACACAUUCAAUGCAGACGCCCCUGAGUACGCAUACUUCGAGCUGAAUUCCCAAACGGGUCACGUCACCAUCCAGAGGCCAUUGCCAGAGAACUUUGCGCUCCCCGUUACUCUGGUCAUUCGCGCCACACAGCAGGACAACCCUGACCGAUUCACGCUUGCCACCCUGGCCAUCACAAGGGACAAGUUCUUGCCACACGAACUACGCUUCCUGCAGGCAGAGUACGAUGCAAAGGUCCUUGAGAGCACGCCACCAGGACAGGUUAUCCUUACCCUGCAAACCACCAAAGCCGCUGAAAAGAAUAUACAGUUCCAACUGCUUGACCACAGUGAAGAGAUAUUUGCUGUUAGACCAACGGGUGAGCUGAUACUGGCGCAACCUUUGGACUACGAGCAGCAGCAGGAUUACCACCUCCAGGUGCUUGCUACAGAUGGAAGAUACAAUGACGUAGCCAAGGUGAACAUCACCGUGAUCAACGUAAACGACAACGACCCCAAGUUCCGUCAGGCCAGAUACUCAUUUGUAGUGACUGACCCAGAUGUUCGAACGGGAGCACUGAUCGGAAAGGUCCACGCAAGCGACGCGGACAGCGACGAUAACGUUGAGCUGACAGUCGACGGCCCUUCAGCAAAGCUCUUCAUGAUAAACAACAAAGGAGAAGUACGGCUCCGGGACUUGGACUACCUGAACUCUACAACUUCUCAUCUGGUCAUUGUGGCUACGGACAGUGGCAUACCGCCGAGAAAAUCCACAGCGCUAGUGGAAGUGCAGUUCCCAGAAGCUGUCAUCCUUGGCAGUGUAGUCACUCCCAAAAAAGACGAAGGCAGCUUCAUCCUCAUGGUAGUGUUUGGAGCACUGCUUGGAUCCUUGCUGCUUAUCAUCGUUACGCUGACAAUCUACAUACUCAAAAACAAGAAGUAUCGCAGCCGGGCACCAGUCACUAUGAACGGCAAUGGGCACCCUCCAAUUAAUAAGGUGGCAACCAUCAAGAUACCGGGCAGCAUGGGGAACAAGCUCCACAAUCCUCCGCGGCCGCUCGCUGGAGUAGAAAAUCCUAUCUUCAGCUUAUCAGACAGCAAGUCCGACGACCAGACGGAUAACAGCAGCGACCGCGGCAUCUCGCCGAGCACGCAAGAAACUCCCAUAUCCAAUGGGAGUACGCGGGGAUCACCGGGAAGGAACGGUCUCAUGGUCAACGGAAAGCUGCACGUUCUGCAAUGGCCAGUGGGAUCCAUACCGAGGAGAGUCAAGAAACUCAGCUGGGAAGAUGAACAACCUAGGACUGCCCUGGAUCCAGACGUCAGCGUCACACCACUUGCUACGCAUCCACAUGAUAGCAAUGAGCUCACGGUGUACUUCUAAGGACACAACAGUGACGUGUGCAAUGACAAUGCUCUACUGUUCCGUGUCGUGGGAACACUGCAAAUUGUGAUAGCUGAACUGCCACCCAAGUGCCUUUGUGGACGUACACGGGAAAGACUGCCUGACGGGGCUCGUGAUCUAUGACAGUUAAUCGCUACUGUGAACAUGUGACCACACUAUGCAGGGGUUUUAAGAUGCCAUUGUAAUGGACUGGUAUUCACCAUUCUAGAAACCUGGCACACGUGAAAAGACUAAAAUCAUCAACCACGUUGUUACGGUGGAAAGUCAUAACUCGUAGCCAAACAUACACUGCUUGACACCAGUGUCAGUACUUCUGAGUGGACACACAGAGUGACCUUGCCACAUCUGCAUUUCGGAGCCAAUGUUUGUGAGAUACUAUCGAAAGCACUAUUUGUAUACGAGUACUCUCUUUUGUUGUCUUAAUGUAUAUUCGUAAUGGCAAAAGGUCACAAUUUUUCCCACAGUGCCAAGUGUAUGCUACAGGUGACUUUAUGCUUUGCUUCCAAGAUGCAUUUUGGUACUUCAAUGUCCUCAGACCAAUAGAUCUCCCAGUACUGGAGAUGCCCGCUUCUGUUGUACCAAAGAAAUGAGUCAAAGCAUGCUGCAUUUAACUAUAGUGUAAAUACUGACCGAUUCUAGUGUAUAUAUAGAUGAACAAGUGUACGUGUAAAUGCUAUGGUCAGGCCUAGCACUAUUUUCUAUUUUGUGUGGUACCCACAAUUUUGUACAGAACUGUUUUUUGGCAAGUGCUGAAGUGUUACAGCAGAAUAAAAUUAUGCUGCUACA